UAUGAUGAAGUGCUCAAGUACGGCUCAAGGAUCGUCGAUGGGCUAUCAAGCUACAAGCAGCCUAUAUUUGUCUAUAUAGUUCCAAAUGGCGAAUUGCGCGGUGGUGCUUGGGUCGUACUAGAUCCCUCCAUCAAUCCUACUCAUAUGCAGAUGUAUGCGGACGUCGAGGCAAGGGCAGGAGUUCUCGAACCCGAGGGAAUCGUAGAAAUUAAAAUGCGCAAGGACAAACUUACUAGUCUGAUGGAGCGUUUGGAUAGUGACUACGCGGCCCACAAGAAAACCAGCUUAGAUCAAGCUUGCGACGCUGAAGAACGUUCGGCCGCCGCUGCAGAGCUGUCCAAGCGCGAGAGCGACCUUAUGCCGACAUACAAGCAGAUUGCUCUCCUCUAUGCUGACCUUCAUGAGUGA